GCGGCGUUCACACGAGCCGAACUGAAUACUAAAUACAAACACUUCUAAUCUGCAUUCCCACACUCCAGCGGACGGUGCGACACUGUGCGACCGCCGGCCGGCCGUCCGACUUCCCCCGUCACCAUUCCUCCACACGCCACCUUCCUCAACACACACACAGGAACAUACCAACACACUCCCGCCAUGGAAAAACAAAAGGACAACAGACCGAGCGAAGGACGCAAGUCCUCCAAGCCGAUCAUGGAAAAGCGACGACGUGCCCGCAUCAACGACAGUCUAAACCAACUCAAGACGCUGAUUUUGGACGCACUUAAGAAGGACAGCUCGCGCCAUUCCAAGUUGGAGAAGGCCGACAUAUUGGAAAUGACCGUCAAACAUCUCCGAAACUUGCAGAGACAACAUGUAGCUGCGGCGGUGAGCACGGACCCCAAUGUUCUAGGGCAGUACCGAGCGGGGUUUAACGAGUGUAUGACCGAGGUGAGCAGUUUCCUCGGCUCGGCCAGUACCGUGGAGACUGAGGUCCACCAAAGACUGCUGAACCACCUAGCGGGCUGUUGUCACAACGUCAGCCCGGUUACCUCCACCUACACCAGCCCCACGGUCCUCCCCACCGCAGCGGCAGCGGCGUCCGGCCCGGCCAUGGCGCACGGCCGCCCCGUCCAAGUCCAGGUCCCCGCCGCAGCGUCCGCCACCGCCCUUCCCGUGGCGGCUAGCACCGUGAACUUCCCGCGGCCGAACCUCCAGCUCUCCCCUCCCGAAGCCUCCUGCUCCCAGCCGCUCCAGGCGAAAGUGUACGGCGGGAUCCCGCUGGUGUCCGGGCAGAUCGGCGGCGGGGAGCCCGUGGCGGUUCUCCUGCCCAGCCAAGUGUUCUCGGGAGGACAGAUGCCGAGCCACCUGAUUCCGGUCUAUACCAACCCGACUGUCCUGACGGGGGCGAGCUACGUCCCUCCAGCCGGACUGUUACCCCAGGGCGGGCCCGUACAGCCGUCGGGACAGGAGCCGGCCGUGUCGAACAUUCCUCCGGCGAUGAACAUUAUGGGUUUACCGACCAGCGCCGCGCCGGUACCGGCCCAGGGUCUGGCCGUCCCCCUGUCCAUAGCGUCCGCGUCACAGGCACUGCCGGCUAACGCCAGACCAGCCAACCAACAACCGCCCUCCGUCCAACCUCCGGAACCUGAGAAAAUGUGGAGGCCUUGGUGACGAAUUAUAUGACAUUUUGAGCGUUGACAUAUCCUUAAUUUUUUUUCCUUUUUGACUGAAUCAAAUUGUAAAGUUGUAUAGAGUGUAAAUACAGGAGAAAUAUGUGUCUUGUUGUGCACCAUGUGAUCGUAAAUGUUGUGUAUUUGAACCAGUGCCCGACGAAACUAAGUACUGGAGAAAUAUGUUAUUUUUUGUACCGUUUAAUCAUGAAUUAUGAUGUGUAUUUGAACAAGUGUGUGCUGCAAUUCUCGUUGCCUUGACGAGCGAAUAAAUGUUAUCAAACAAUGUA